UCUGAUUUAUAUGAUCCCAAUAACUGGGAUGCGCUCACAAUGGCGCUUUCACAAAGGGUGCUGGCCACCCGAAAAGUUACAGAGUUCAAGGUCUGGGGAUUAGUCUUGGAGGCGCUUAAGGCGGCAAGGGAAGAGAAGAUUGCGGGGGAUCGGGCUAGGGAACUGUUGGGGUUGGGGGCGAGGGGAACCGGGGGGGGUCUCAUCUCUCCUACAGAUCCAAAGGAGGAGAAGAUGGCGCCGACCCCCUCGGCUCCAACUGACGUAACACCUUCAAGAACAAAGAAGGAGGAAGUUGAACAAGACCACUCAGCUCCAGAGUACACCCCGCCCCCACCUCCCUAUCCAGCACGGAGACUAUAUCCUUCAUUAAAAUCAUUUAUGGAUGAAGGGGGAGGGGGACCCUCGGUGGAAUGUACUGUUGCUCUCUGCACAACUGAUAAGAGGGCAGUGGGGGAGGAUGGUACUGUCUCACUGCCAGGUUCUGCCUGUUGCUCUAGUCACUCCCCUGAAGGGGCGGAUCACUCCGCCCAGCAAGGGGAGGGAGGGGGUGGUACUUCGUUACUGUCUGGUCCUGCCUGUUGUUCUAGCCACUCCCCUGAAGGGGCGGAUCACUCCGCCCAGCAGGGCACUGGAUGUGGGCGUAGCACUUCGAUGCAGACGGCCCCGGGACACGCCCAGGAGGGGUGUGGUCCUGUGGCAUCUGGCCCGUGGAGCCCGCCCACACUCACUGACUGGGCUCGGGUGAGGGAGGAUCUCAGAGCAGCCGAUGUGAUGGAUACGUUUGCCUUUCCAGUAACAGUGAAUACAGAGGGUAGAGCUUGGACCCCUUUAAACUCUAAGGCGGUCACUCGCCUUGCGGAUUUGGUCAAAAACAAAGGCUUGCGCUCUCCAGUGACUAUGGCAGCAGUUGAGGCUCUCAUGGCCUCUAGUCUUCUGCCUUAUGAUGUGGUCAGCCUUAUGCGUGUCAUCCUUGAGCCUGUGCAAUAUACCUUAUGGUAUGACGAGUGGAAUAGGCUGCUUCAGGUUGUGGUAGCCGCUGCGACCCGCGAUAAUAACCAUCCGGCUAAUGGCCAGGGUCGAAAAGACAAGACGACUCUUGCGCGUCUUCAGGGGUUAGCAGAUGGCAUGGUGGGGUCCCCGGAGGGCCAGGCGAAUGCGCUUAGAGCAGGGGAGUUGGCAGCGCUCACGACCGCAGCCCUUCAGGCUCUGCGGAUGGUGGCUAAGGUUGCAGAGCCUGUGCUCCCAUGGACAGACAUCAAACAGGAACCUUGUCAAUUGUGUGGUUGGGCUGGACAUGAUGCACAUCAGUGUCAAAAAUUCAAGGUUUUGCCACAGGGAAACUGGUACGGGAGGGUGCCAAUGGCCCAGGGCUCCUUCCCACUCUUUUAAACUGGGCCAAGGGUGCAGACCUCAUAGUGGCGUUGAUCAUGGACCUCUUGAUCGGCCGCCCAAGGAAUCCUGAAUCGACGGAGCGCAAAAGAAGAGCUUUCUUGUGGAUACCGAAGAAAAAGAAACCUGAGAACCCAGAGAAACAACCCUUGCUGCCAACGAGAACUACCAUGCUAAUGCUGUUGUGCCUUUUGUGUCUGUGUUGGUCGCCGGUGGGGGGCAUUCAUUUGAUUCAACAACCGGGGAACUUAUGGGUUACAUGGGCUAAUCAGACAGGAAGAACAGACUUUUGUCUUGCAUUACAGUCAGCUACGUCACCCUUUCAAACAUGCCUUAUAGGGGUCCCAGAA